AUGGACGCUACCUUUGUGUGUGUGUUUGUUUGUGUGUGUGUGUGUUUUCAGGUGAGCGUAGUGCAGGACUCGGUCAACAUCUCGGGCCAGAACGCCACGAACAUGGUGAAGGUUCCCGACUGCCGGCUGGCCGAGGAGCUGGGAGAUCUGUGGGAGAGCUCCCGAUUCACCGACUGCUGCCUGUGUGUCGCCGGGCAGAAGUUUCAGGCGCACAAAGCCAUCCUGGCAGCGCGCUCGCCGGUGUUCAGUGCCAUGUUUGAGCAUGAGAUGGAAGAGAGUACCAAGAACCGUGUGGAGAUAAAUGACGUGGAGCCAGAUGUCUUCAAAGAGAUGAUGUGCUUCAUCUACACAGGCAGGGCCCCCAACCUGGACAAGAUGGCUGAUAACCUGCUGGCUGCAGCUGACAAGUAUGCUCUGGAGAGGCUGAAGGUGAUGUGCGAGGACGCGCUGUGCACGGGCCUGUCCGCCGAGAACGCCGCGGAGAUCCUCAUCCUGGCCGACCUGCACAGCGCCGAGCAGCUCCGCACGCACGCCGUGGACUUCAUCAACUACCACGCAGCAGACGUGAUGGAGACUUCGGGCUGGAAGUCCAUGGUGAUCUCCCACCCGCACCUGGUGGCGGAGGCCUAUCACUCGCUGGCCUCGGCCCAGUGCCCCUUCCUAGGCCCCCCACGGAAACGGCUGAAGCAGUCCUAG